AUGGCCGGAAUUUUCAAACGGGUGUACGAUUGGCUGUUGAGGCUGUUUUGGGCGACGGAGAUGGAUAUCACCAUGAUCGGGUUGCAGAAUGCGGGAAAGACUUCGUUGUUGCGAGUCCUGGCGGGCGGUGAAUUCACUCUCGACUCCAUCCCGACCGUGGGAUUUAAUAUGAAGCGCGUACAAAAAGGCCAUGUGACGCUCAAGUGUUGGGAUCUCGGAGGACAACCACGCUUUCGGUCGAUGUGGGAGCGAUAUUGCCGAGGUGUGAACGCCAUUGUGUUUAUCGUCGAUUCGGCGGAUACCGCUGCUUUGCCAGUUGCAAAAGACGAACUUCAUCUCUUGCUUGAAAAACCUGUGCUUGAAGGAAUUCCUUUGCUCGUCUUGGGAAAUAAAUCCGACCUCGAAGAGAAGCUUUCCGUAGAUGAGUUGAUCGAAGCUUUGGACCUGAAGAGUAUCUCUCAUCGUGAGGUAAGUUGUUACGGGAUAAGCGCAAAAGAAGAAACCAACCUUGAUGCUGUCUUACAAUGGCUCGUUGCUCGUGCCAGCAAAUAG